CACAUUUAUGAAAUCAAAGGGAACAAGGAUUGCCAAGUCUUCAAAUUUAUUCCCAAAACAAAUUUGAAUACCACUCCUACUUGACCUGUGCGAAUGUGAUGCCCCUUAAAACCAGAUGGGCUACCCAAUCAAACGCAUCCAUUCCCUCCCCGUGCUUCUCCUCCUCUCUUGAGCUUCACCCGCUUCCCCUGUUCUCAAUCUCCUCCAGAAGCUAUGCACGGCGAAACCCAGAAGGAAUCGGGACAGGAAAUCAACAUAAGUUUCGGAUACAGAUGCAUCAAUGGCUCCUUUGGCGAAUCUGAAAUUCCUCGGCUGCGGAGAGCCAGCAGUUCCUUCUCCUGCCUCUCCGGGGCUGCUCUCAGCGCCAAUGCCACUCUGGUUAACACCAACAUCUGCAAUGGCUUGAUGGGGACCGAGAUCCUUCCCGCACUGGAUUCCCCCAGAUCCUUCCGCCGCAUACCCUCCUCCGCCUCCUUCUCCACCCUCUUGUCCUCCUCCCUGCCCAGCAGUUUUUCAAACUUCAGCCUGAAUUCUUCGUCCCCCGAUUCGUGCAACGACAGCUUCUUGAGCAAUUCGACGGAUGUUCAGGUUGCGGGCGGUGCUGCUGGUGAAGACAGAGUUCAGGCUGUCCAUUCCGAGGAGAACGGGUGGCUCUUCUGUGGCAUAUAUGAUGGGUUCAAUGGGAGAGAUGCUGCCGAUUUUCUUGCUGGGACUCUCUAUGAGAGAGUCAGGUGUUACUUGAACAUGUUGGAUUCUGAACUUGAGCAGGAGUCUACCGGAGGUGAUUCGGAUCGUCUAGCCCUAGAUGAAACCCUGGACAAGAAACCGAUCGGACUUUCCUCCAUGGAAUGGGAGAAAUUGGGUGACUCUUUUGAGCAUAAGGUCUUAAAUAGCCUUCAGAGUGCACUAAAUCAAGCAGAGAAUGAUUUCCUCUACGUGGUUGAACAAGAAAUGGAGGACCGUCCCGACCUGGUCUCCGUAGGAAGCUGUGUGUUAUUAACGCUUCUUUAUGGAAAGAACAUUUAUGUGCUCAAUCUAGGUGACAGUCGCGCAGUGUUGGCAACGUACAAUGACUGCGUUCAUACACAUGAUGGCAAUGGGCUACAAGCUGUCCAGCUCACGCCUAUUCACACCGUUGAUGAUGAACUUGAGAGAAAUUUACUCUUGAAUGAUCAUCCUGAUGAUCCCUCACCAAUUGUUGCCGGAAAAGUUAAGGGGAAGCUCAAAGUCACUCGGGCUCUUGGUGUUGGUUACUUGAAAAAGAAAAACAUGAAUGAGGCAUUGAUGGGAAUCCUUAAGGUGCGCAAUUUGACAAGUCCUCCAUACGUAUCUGCGCAACCGUCUUUGUUUGUUCAUGAAAUUUCGAGUGCGGACCACUUUGUUAUACUCGGAAGUGAUGGUUUAUUUGACUUCUUCACCAACGACGAGCUUGUCAAACUUGUUCAUUCCUACUUGCUAAGUAACACUCUUGGUGAUCCGGCAAAGUUCCUGGUGGAGCAGCUUGUUAUGAGAGCUGCAAAUAGUGCAGGUUUUAGCAUGGAAGAGAUGUUGAGCAUCCCGGAUGGCAUGAGGAGAAAGUACCACGACGAUGUGACAGUCAUUGUAAUAAUCCUUGGAACGAAUCAGCGCACGUCAAAAGCAUCAACGCAGAUUUGAGCGCAAAAGGGCCAAGAUUACCUAGUCAUUAAAAGAUUGUUUUUUUAAACGCAGUUUCACAUUAGUUUGUAGUUUUGUUUAGUAUCAUUGAUUGCAAUUUUUUUAUUCGUAUUCAAGCAUUUUGAUAUGUUAGUAGUAGUAAAUUAGUUUGUUUUCU